UUUAAUUCAUACAACCGAAUAUACGGUCUCCAGUCUCGAGACUCUCCACUGGCUUACUCGACUGUUGCUGCAGCCUGCAGAGACUGCCUUCGUCUCCUUCGAACAUCGAAAUCGGUCAGCUGUGGAAAAUCCAUUAAUCCAUCUUCUCUGCAACUCUGUUUUCUCUUCAAUGUCUUUGAUCUCAUCUUCUCUUCUCACCUUCUAUCCGCACCAUACAGAGCUCUCCUCUUCGGCUUCCCUUCUUCUGGUCUCCUCAUUUUCUGGCUCAUCAAAGCCAUGCUCGUCUUUUCCUCUUCUCCGUAACUCUUCUCGUCAAAUCAAGCCUCUUCGAGCUUCCAGUGAGACGAUAACCGAGACUUCGAGCAUAAGCGUCGAUAACAAUGAGUCCGACGACUCGACGGCCUUCCAGAUCAAAGCUCGCAAUAGGAUCGGUCUUCUUCAGGUCAUUACUAGAGUUUUCAAGGUACUCGGGUUGAAAAUCGAGAAGGCCAUUGUUGAAUUUGAGGGCGAAUUCUUCGUUAAGAAGUUCUUCGUGACUGAUUCACAUGGGAGGAAGAUUGUCGACCAUGGCAGCUUGGAUAAGAUCAAGAAUGCUUUGAUGGAGGCUAUUGAUGACGGUGAUGGAGUUUUUUCGGUGUCCUCGUCAGUGCCUUCGAGAGGGAUUGUUGUGCGAAGAGCUGGGUUGUUAAUGGAGUCCGGGGAGCGGAGGGCCAAGGCAGAGAGGAUGUUUGGAUUGAUGGAUGGCUUUCUUAAAAAUGAUCCGCUUAGCCUUCAGAAGGACAUCUUACAUCACGUCGAGUAUACGGUGGCAAGAUCGCGAUUUAGUUUCGAUGAUUUUGAGGCUUACCAGGCAUUAUCACAUAGUGUAAGAGACCGGUUGAUUGAACGUUGGCAUGAUACCCAUCAAUACUUCAAGAGGAAAGAUCCAAAGCGCUUAUAUUUCCUCUCUCUUGAGUAUCUUAUGGGUCGCUCUUUAUCAAAUAGCGUCAUAAAUUUAGGUAUCAAGGACCAAUGUGCAGAUGCUUUGCGCCAGCUUGGUUUUGAGUUUGAGGUCUUAGCUGAGCAGGAAGGGGAUGCUGCACUUGGUAAUGGUGGCCUAGCUCGUCUAUCAGCAUGCCAAAUGGAUUCUUUAGCCACACUGGAUUUUCCUGCUUGGGGUUAUGGUUUAAGGUAUCAGUAUGGAUUGUUCCGUCAGGUAAUAUUGGAUGGGCUUCAACAUGAGCAACCUGAUUAUUGGUUGAACUUCGGAAACCCUUGGGAAAUAGAGCGUGUUCAUGUCUCAUAUGCAGUGAAGUUCUAUGGAACUGUUGAGGAGGAGACUUUGAAUGGAGAAAAAUAUAAAGUUUGGGUCCCUGGUGAAAUGGUUGAGGCAGUUGCUUAUGACAACCCAAUACCUGGUUAUGGAACGAGGAAUACAAUCAAUCUUCGUCUGUGGGCGGCUAAGCCAAGUGGCCAGUAUGAUAUGGAAUCCUAUAAUACUGGAGACUAUAUCAACGCUGUUGUUAACAGACAGAGGGCUGAGACGAUAAGUAGUGUCUUAUACCCUGAUGAUCGUUCUUAUCAGGGGAAGGAGCUGCGGUUGAAACAACAGUAUUUCUUUGUCUCAGCAUCAUUGCAAGACAUCAUCCGUAGAUUCAAAGAAACACACAAUGACUUUGACAAUUUUCCUGAUAAGGUGGCUCUACAGCUUAAUGAUACUCUUCCAUCACUUGCGAUAGCUGAGGUCAUGAGGGUUCUUGUUGACGAAGAACGUUUGAGUUGGGAAAAAGCAUGGGGCAUUGUAUGCAAACUUUUUUCUUUUACAACUCACACAGCACAACCUGAAGGGCUAGAGAAAAUCCCAGUUGACCUAAUAGGCAGUCUUCUUCCACGACAUUUACAAGUCAUAUAUGACAUAAACUUUAUGUUCAUGGAAGAGUUGAAAAGGCUGAUAGGUCUUGAUUACAGUCGACUCUCUCGGAUGUCAAUUGUUGAGGAAGGUGCUGUUAAGCAUAUCCGAAUGGCAAACUUAUCAAUUGUCUGUUGCCAUACUGUAAAUGGUGUAUCACGGGUUCACUUGGAAAUAUUGAAAACGAGAGUAUUCAAGACUGGUGGAAUCCAUUGAUGAAUCACAGGAGGCUAACAUUUAUCUUGUUCACCAAUGCAUCGAUUGUUAAAGGCACUAUAGACUUCUUUCACUGGUGAUAUAAAUUGUAUUAGAAGUCAAAAUUGUACAUAUAGAGCUAGUUAAGAAAGCCUUGGAACUAUAAAUUGAGUGUCUGAUGCAGCUCA